CCCAAGUCCCAACCACCAAAAAAAAUAUUCGCUCCCAAAGAAGUAGAUUGAUCACAGUGCAAGAAAUGACGACCGACAAGACCGAGACAGUGGCGGCAGACGUGUCGGCGAAGAGGAAGCGCAGUCAGGCCUUUGAGGAGAUCGAGAUCGACGUUUCUCAGCCUGAACCGCUCUCGAAGAAGGAGCUCCGCAAGCGCAAGAAACUGGGAAUCCCCCUCGACGCUCCUCGCGAAGCAACCGCAGAGACCGGCGACGACGCAAAGAAGUCGGAUAAGAGCAAGUCAAAGGAGAAGGAGAAGGAGUCGAAGGAGUCCAAGGCGAAACCAAAGACCGACUUUGGCGUCUGGAUCGGCAACCUCAGCUACUCGACUACUAAAGACGAUCUCCGUCGUAUGCUGAUUGAAAAAUCAGGAGAUGAGAUCAAGUCUGAUGAGAUUGUUCGCAUACACAUGCCCAAGGGCAGAGAUGGCAAACGGAAGGGCUGCGCCUACGUCGACUUCACCACAGAAGAAUGCAUGAACCGCGCCAUCGCCCUCUCAGAAACCCCCUUCGACGGCCGCAAAGCCUUGAUCAAAGACGCCCGCGUCUUCACCGGCAGCAAAAAAGAUCCCAACUCUGCCGCCGCCGCUGCUGCUGCCUCGUCGGCUUCAGCUACUGCACCUGUCGAAGGCAAAAAGCCGUAUAAGAUUCUGUUCAUCGGAAACCUCCCCUUUGAAACCAAAGCCGAGCAGCUAGAGCAGAAAUUCACCGUCGAUCUCAAGUCCCCGCCCUUAACUUCCUUUGGCGAACCGGUCGAAGACGAAGAGGAAAUCGACAUCACAAUCAAACCCGUCAAAGUCCGCAUGGCGACCUUCCAAGACACGGGCGCCUGCAAAGGUUUCGCCUUCAUCGACUUCAGAUCUUCCUACGAAGCAGGCAAGGUUCUCAAAUCCAUCGGCUCUCGAUUUUCUUUCCUGGGUAGGACCGGAGUAAAAGCUGAGUUUGGCGAAGACCGGUCCCUCAGACAUCGUCAGCCUAAACCCGAGCAGCAGCAGGAGGAAGGCGAAUCUCUCGGCGCAAACUAUAUGAAUCCCGAGCGAGCAAAUCUUCUCAACAAGAAACCCUCCUACUCCGACUCUGCACGAGAACUCAGAAGCGACACCGCACCCCACUCCAAACCCGAGCAGCAGACUUCCAAACCCGAGUCCGACUCAACGCAGCAGUCAUUCGCUCAGGAACCCAGACGCGAGCGACCGCCUCCUCGCAAGAGUGCUGGCGCCGGACGACAGCAGCGGAUAACGCCUGGAAUGGCACUGGCAAAUUCUCAGCGAGCAAAGGUGUCGAUCGUCCCGUCUACCGGAAAGAAAAUCACUUUUGACAAUUAAUUCUAGCUAGCACUCUUAAUGUAAUAAUAAAAGCUUGUUUUUGG